AUGCCUGGUGGGUUAGACUCUUCUAACUUAGCUCUAAUAGUCAUUGAUAUGCAAAAUGCUUUCGCAUCUAUGGCACAGCCUAUCCUUUCCGAACUAAAUGAUACUAUACGAAGUGCACGUCGUGCUGGUAUACCAGUUAUUUUUACUCAACAUGGUCAUUCUGAUCCUGAAAAUGAAGAAAAAACAUCUGUUUUAGUUCAUUGGUGGGGUGCAUCAGAAUCAAUACGAAAAGGUUCUCAUGAUUGGAAACUUCUAUCGGGCCUUGAUGUAGCAUCCAAUGAAGUCGUUCUUGAUGAAAAAACUACAUAUGAUUCAUUCUAUGGAACACGAUUGAAAUCUCUGCUAGAUAAACAAAAUGUUGAUACAGUAAUUAUUUCAGGUGUUUUAACUCAAUUUUGUUGUGAAACAACAGCACGUUCAGCAUUUGUUCAAAAUUAUGAUGUUAUUUUUUUAUCCAAUGGUACAGGACCGCCAUGUCCAUCAACACUUGAAAUCAUAUCUUUCGGCUUCGGAAAAGUAAUAACAUGUGCUGAAAUGCGUACGAGACUUGAAAAGAUCAAGAAAGACAGUUUGAAAUAA